GUAUGUAGAAGGCGUGACUGGAAUGCCAUUUCUUUUGCGCCAUGGGAGACGCUCACCAAUUCCAUGGAGGACCAGAAGCUCCACUGGAUGUGCCAUUUGAGGAGCCAAGAAUGGACUGCUUCCCAGACCUCGUAGCCCAUGUGCGGAAGAGCCGUGCGAGGUUCGAAGAGGUUGUUUCGUCAGCGUCUCGACCGGAGCUGGCGAAGAGCCUUUGGGAACUGGUGGCCAAGAUCUAUGCAAUCAUCAAGCAACAGGAUGACCGAAAGUGCCAAGAAUGCUGGGAGAAAGCAUGCGACAUGUUGGCACCUGUGGUGGAUUUUCAAUUCUUUAAUCCUACGAAAUACUACAGCCGAUGUGCUAGGCCUGAGUUUGAGACAAGGAUUGCAAGAGCUUUAAAAAGCUAUGAGGACUUCCUACUUCAACAAAGUCUGCAAACAAGGCACCUCCGCCCAAGAGAGCUAGGUGAGACUUCUGAGUGCCUGUACUUGGAGAAGCCCUGCCAUUUCACGUGCCAGUAUGGAAGUAGUCGCCUUCCACCACGUGCUGGAGCAGAGACCUCAAUGAAGCUUCUCGAUCUUGAUACCCCAAGCAUUCAGAUUCAUGAGUACGUCGCGUUGGAGUACGACCACGAGACAGCUGUCGGUUGUCGUGAUUUUUGGAGAAAGGCAGAACAGGAAGGUCUCACUGAGCCAUGUAACUGCGGCAGUUGUAAGACUUGUGCUUGCAUUUGUGCUGGCUGUUGCCACAGACUGGACAGGGAGACCUCCGGAGUCAUGAUUGUCGCCAAAACCACCGGUGCCUACUGGCACAUCCGGCAUCAAUUCUACGGUGAUCACAAUCUUCAAAGUCACGGGAUGGAGAAGUACUACCUGGCCCUGGUUUGUGGACGCGUCCACAUCCCAACGAGACGGGAGAUGAAAUCGUCUGACUGGAUCCACGAGUCAGACGGAUCGAGCCGGGAAGGCCUGCAAGGGCGGGUGGAAAUCGCCCUCUUCCAUGAUCCGGUGGAGUUAAAAAGCCAUGCGUGGCACAGGGGGAUGGAUGGACCGGAAUGGGAUGAUCGCAAUGGCUGCUUUCGACAGCGCGCAGUCACGCUGUACAGACCGCUGGCCUGGCUGGAAGACUCCUACAAGAAUCCCUACACGUUGCUGCACUUGAGGAUAAUCACGGGCCGGACUCACCAGAUCAGAUUUCACUGUUCAGAACUGGGACAUCCCAUUGUGGGUGACGUCAAGUAUGGGGCCUCCCCAGCGACCUUGAGGUGGGCCAAACGUGUCUUCCUUCACUCCUACCAGGCGCUGGUCAGAGACCCUUCGGAUGAGCAAUGGCGCAGCGCGGUGUCUCCAUUGCCGGAAGAUUUAGGUCGCUUGCUUUCAGAUCUGCAGCUGCUGAACAUCAACAAGACUAGCACUCUAUACUUAUCCAGGGAAGCGCUUCCAGGCCUCUCCAGCUUAUUCAAGAAGUACACUUCUGAGUCACAACUGCUUCAGAAGCAUACGGCGCGUGAACAUGCAGCUGUCCCUGGAAUUCCGGUCAUGAGUGCAGGCACUGCUGAAGUGACCUUACCAUGGACUAUGCCACUCCCUACACUUCAGCCUUCCAGCGGCGCAGUUGCUUCAGGCCAAUGGACUAGCACCUCUCCAAAUGACCUUGCAGUCCUUCCUUUUGCACAAAGUCAGGCAGUAGCUCUCAGUUGUCCCAGGCACUAUCCCGCAGAUCCUCACCACAAGCUCCGAAAGGCGGUCUUUCACAACGACCACCAAGCCUUUGACGAGGCACUUCGAGGGCGCAUCGUGGGGGCGGACAAAAGCGGGAAGACCGCCCUGCAUUAUGCGGCAAGAGAGGGUCGCAUUGAGAUGAUGCGCCUGAUGCUUCAGCAUGGCUUAGAUCCCAAUUGUGCUGACCAUCAGGGACUGACACCGCUGGACGAAGCAGAAUAUUGGAUGAUGAGAUGUGAAUCGGAACAGGUGUCUUCUCGAAGGGAAGUGCGGAAUUGGUUGGCUGCUUAUGGUGGACGCCGUGGAAACUCCGACUUGAUGAGGGGCUACUACCAGACUUUGCCGUUGAAAGCUUGCGCGCAAGAUCGUCCUCUUCCUUGGCACGACAACUUGGACCAGAUUGAAAGCAUGUACCAACAGCAGAUCCCAGGAGGCCCACCUCCGCGAGCCCCAGCACUUCAGACGGAGCCAGUCCCAAACCAGCGGACGUUCUCUGAAGGGCCUGACAUUGUGAAUCGAAGUCCAGCUUGCCAGGCUGCUACAGCCAGACAUGCUGACUGUCCUCCCGCUGCCAGCUCUGAUAUCCCUCCGCCCAUGCACCCGGUCCGGAAUCAACGACCACCUGAUGCUACAGGCACACAUGCUGACUGUCCUCCUGCCAGCCACUCUGAUAUCCCUCCGCCUCAACGGCCACCUGUCCGGAAUCAACGGCCACCUGAUAGGCCCUCACCGGAAGAGGAGGAGUUCAAGAAGAUGACCUAUUUGUGGGCGGAGCGGCAUCGUGAAUGGACUAGAAAGAUCCAGAACAAUGAGGUUCCACCGUACCGUGUGCCGGAUCCGGUGAUGCCAUUAGAUCCUCAAAACCCGACGAUUCUGUUGUAGUCAGCAGGAUUGUGAGAACGUGGCCGUGCGCACGAAUCGCUGAAAAAGUGCGUCGAUUGCGUCGUGGAUUUGUUACAUUUUGUGCACUAAGCCCGGCGGUCGACUCCUGAUGCCAUGUUGGUGCACUGGAAAGCUUCCGGUUUAAUUUAAUGGGAAGGCUUCGGGCCUUCGGGAGCCUUGUGAGGCACCAGAGAACGUGCUUCUCACCACCUGAAAACUCUUCCUCCUAUUUGUGGUUGUGGAUGGUUGUGGUUCAGCUCAAGCAGUUGGUUGAGGUUGAGGGCACUCUUGCGAUUCUCAACUUCUCUUGCUCGGAUUCAUUUCCUUAUCAUCCAUCCAGUGCACUCCGGCAGAACAGAAAACAUGCUGA